UGCCGCGCAUGCUCGGCGCCCACCGCCGGUCUGGGACCCCGCGCACCCGAGCGUCUGCAGUUCGGCGCUGCACCCCAGCCUGGGCAACCCGCGCCCGGCCAUGACGGCUCAUUCCUUCGCCCUCCCGGUCAUCAUCUUCACCACGUUCUGGGGGCUCAUCGGCAUCGCCGGGCCCUGGUUCGUGCCCAAAGGACCCAACCGCGGAGUGAUCAUCACCAUGCUGGUGGCCACCGCGGUCUGCUGUUACCUCUUCUGGCUCAUCACUAUCCUGGCUCAGCUGAACCCCCUUUUCGGGCCACAACUGAAGAAUGAGACCAUCUGGUACGUCCGCUUCCUGUGGGAGUGACCAAUGCCGCUUCGGCCCCAGGUGCCCCAGCUCCCUGGAUGACUUUGGCUGUCCUGUCCCCGACGACCCCUUUGUCCCCACCCUCACAG